AGUGUGUUAAAUGUUAUUCAGUAACUGUAACCAAUUCAUAGUUAUUGGUGAUGAUUACUUGGAAAUAAUGGAUUUGAACAGGAAACAACUCGGAAAAGAGGAUCGCUUUUGGACGGGUCCGUUUCAAAUCAGGUAUCCUAUUUGUAUCUUUUCCAUAUGUUGGAUCGUAUAUACCAUAGCUGAUAUUUCAUUACUCGGAAGAGACAAUUUUCAACAAAUGAUUCCAAGGAUAGAAAAUAAAAGCAGUUAUUUAUUACUGUGGUACAGUCCACCAUUUUGGGCUUCAAAUUUGAAACCUCAGAACGGAUUCAAAAAUUGCGUAUUCAAAAAUUGUGAUAUAUCACUCGAUAAGAGUUUAAUAAAUAAAAGCGAUGUUUUGUUAUUUCAUCACUCUGAUCUUACUAAAAAUCCACCAAUAAGAACGGAGAAUCAAAUUUGGGUAUUCAUGACGUUAGAGUCUCCAGUACAUACGUAUGGACCCUACAAAGAACAACAGUGGAAUAAUGCUUUCAACUGGACAUGGAGUUAUCGACAAGAUUCGGAAAUAUUUACACCCUAUGGAAAAUUGUCUAAAAGAAUAGUACCGAAAGAAAAAAAUUACACUAAAAUAUUUCAACACAAAUCAAAGGAUGUUGCUUGGGUGGUUAGUAAUUGUUAUACACAUUCACAAAGGAAUAGAUACGUUCAAAAGAUGAAGAAAUUUAUCGAUGUAGACGUAUUUGGAAAAUGUGGAAAACCUUGCAGUUCAUCUGGCGACGAGUGCAUAAAAGAUUUAAGUAAUAGAUAUAAAUUCUAUCUCUCAUUUGAAAAUUCUAUAUGUGAAGACUAUAUAACAGAAAAGGCAUUCCGGUUGUAUAAGGGGAAUUUUGAUAUAGUCCCUGUAAUAAGGGGUUGUCCUAAUAUCAAGGAUAUUUUACCGAAGAGUACGUUUAUAACUACUUUGGAUUUUGUGUCUCCGAAAAAAUUAGCUCUUUAUCUCAAGGAUAUAGCACUCAAUGAAACUAUGUAUUUAAAUUAUAUAAAAGAAAAAGACAGGUAUGUAACUACUUCGUACAACAAUUAUAUACAAGAUGGAACAUGUUUAUUGUGUGAAAAAAUAAAUAACAACAGAAAUGGUACAGUCAAUUUAUCACAAUGGAUGUUGAAAAAGCAAUGCAUUAGUCCUUUAGAUAUAUAA